GAGCCCAUCAGUUUACUCCCAGCAUCCAAAGGGGAAGGUUGUGUGCCGCCCUCUCUCCUAAUAAAACCCUAAUUAAACCACUAAUAAAGGUUUAAUUAGACUCAGUGAUAAAUAAAAAUAAAUAAUAAUAAUAACAAAGUGAAGUGGCGCCAUUAGGACAUGUGUUAAAGGCGUAUUUGUGGAAUUAUUAAAGAAAAUAUCUGGAUUUGUGUGUGUGUGUGUGUGUGUGUGUGUGUGUGUGUACGGAACCUGUGUGUGCGUACGUGUGUGUGUACGUGUGUGUGCGUACCGGAAGAAGAGAGGAAGAGAAGGAGGAUAAGGAAGAGGAGGAGGAGGAGGAGUAAGUAAGUAGAGAGCAAGGGUACGAAGGCAACCUCCCUAACACAGCCUCCAGAUAAUGCGAGAAAACACCAGUCUGUCUCUGGUGAUGAGGGAGCGGGAGCGGCCCGGCCCGAAGGUGUGGCAGCCCUGGUACAUGGAAGUAGCCGAAGGAGGAGGCAAGGAGCUCCCCAGUCGAAGUCAGAGGGAACAAAGAGCUCGGGAACGACUACACGUGACACGACCACCGCUAACCACGGCGUCCCCAAGCAGCCCCGGGUGUAGCAGCAGUAGUGAGGAGGAUGAGAUCAACGUGGUGGACUCCCCUCCUCCACUCAACACCACCACCUUCACCUCCACUCUCAACUCCACCUAUUACCAAGACUUCGAGGACGGGCCUAUUGACAUGACCACCAAGAGGAGGGAGUCAUCACCACGCUCAUCACCAAAACGGGGCUCCCAACACCACUUCCAACACCACCACGGGACGCCCAACACCCCCUCACCACCCCCGUACCACCCCCGCCCUCACUACCUCCCGAGGCCCUCCGUCAUCACCAGUACGAAUUUCAACUCCACCUCAACACCACUCAACUCCAUUUCUUCAUCACCACCGCCCAGAGCGCACAGGGAUAGGCCUCUCCCGCCUCCGUAUCACCACCACCACCACCGUUUCACCUCCACCACCACCACCACCUCCACCACCAGCGUCAACACCACCACCAGCGCGGCUUUCAACUCCAAACGUCAAGUUAUGCAAGCUGGUCCGGUUGAUCCAGAAAUUGACGAGCACUUCCGGAGAUCAUUGGGUCGAGACUACCACCACCUUUUUGCCGCCCCCCCCAACGCCCCGGACCCCUCCACGGACUCAGUUGAUGACCAUUUUGCCAAAGCCCUCGGAGAGACCUGGACCAAACUGCAGGCCAAGAGGAAGGACAUCAACACCACCACCACCACCAGAGGAGGAGGAGGAGGAGGAGGUGAAGAAGAAGAAGAGGAGGAAGAGGAAGGAGGAGGAGGAGGAGGACGAGAUCGUAUGAGUCCAAUGCAAGAUGUGAUUAUUUCAACCUCUUCUUCCUCCUCCUCCUCCUCUUCCUCCUCCUCUUCCUCUUCUUCCUCCAGUACUCCAGUUAGACUCAUCUCCACUUAGAGCGAGAGCGAGCGAGAGAGAGAGAGAGAGAGAGAGAGAGAGAGAGAGAUACUAUAGGAUAUUAAUGUACUUGUAAAACACACACACACACACACACACACACGUACACACACACAUACUCUCUCUCUCUCUCUCUCUGUCUCUCUCUCUCUCCCUUCGCUUCCCUUCCCCUCCUUCCCUCCCACACACACACACACACACACACACACACACACACACACACACACACACACUGAUGUAUAUAUAAUUUUGGUUGUAUAAAAAAUGCAUUAGAUAAUAUAGUUAAAAAUAAAUUAAUUACACCUUAAUCUAUAUUUUUGUAUGUAUAUAAUUAUGUAUGAGAGAGAGAGAGAGAGAGAGAGAGAGAGAGAGAGAGAAUAACUAAAUAAAAUGUAUAAAUGAUGUAAUAGGAAAAUAAUAAUAAAAAUAAAAAUAAUAAUAAUAAUAAUAAUAAUAAUAACAAUAAAAAUAAAUAAAUAAAUAAAAUCACUUACCAAUCGGAGAGAUGGAGAGAAGAGACGGAGGGACGCUUGGAGGGACGGAGGUAAUCUUGGAGGAACGGAGGUAAUCUUAGAGGCACUGGAGAGAAGAUUUGCCCACCGCAGGAAACUGUGGAGAGAAGAAAAAUUAUUAUUAUUAUUAUUAUUAUUAUUAUUAUUAUUAUUAUUAUUAUUAUUAUUAUUAUUAUUUAUAGCUUUUUAAAAAUAAAUUAUUGACUAUA